UGACAGGCCAAUAACCGCCGACAGGCGAUCAGCAUCAAGCCGCUGCCAGACAAAGACUGCUCUCUGCCUUCCUACCGCCGACGUUUUUAAACGUCUCUUCUUUUUUUGGCCUUUUAGUUAUCAUAACGACCUCUUUAAAAAGUCGUUUUGUAUUCAACUUUUCAGGUGUCGCAAACAAAGAAUAAACGCGGCGGACGGUUUUUCUUUUUUUUCCCCUGGCAGAGCAGGACAAACCGAGCAGACCCCGCCUUCGUUUAAUUUGUCAACAAAGCGGUUUGACAAGCUGGGAAAGCCCUGCCCCCAUGUUUCCAUAAAAGGAUACUUUGGCUAUCCACGGCCAACAAUCAAACCCUGGGUAACAUUUUCUUUUCACCGCCCGCUUCAUAUGGUGCGUUGACUUCCCCCGGCGCUGUGAAAGCGGAGCUAUGAUGGCGGAGCGCGUCCAGCAGCCCCCGGCCAAGCGGCUCUGCUGUAGACCGGGCUUCGGCGCAACAUGUAGGCAAGGCCAUCGGGCCGCGGCGGGGGCUCUGUGCGGCGGCGGCUCUGCUGCCAACCAGGGCGAAUCGAGCCGAACCCAGAGUCCGGAGUCUCUCCUGGACAUCGCGGCGAGGAAAGUCGCGGAGAAGUGGCCGUUUCAGAGGGUGGAGGAGCGUUUCGAGCGGAUUCCGGAACCCGUUCAGAGGCGGAUCGUGUACUGGUCCUUUCCCAGGAGCGAACGGGAAAUCUGCAUGUACUCGUCGUUCAACACCGGCGCCGGAGAAGAGGUCGGAAGCGGCGGGGAGAGCGGCGACGAGACGCGGCUGCCGUUCAGACGGGGCAUCGCUCUGCUGGAGAGCGGCUGCGUGGACAACGUCCUGCAAGUCGGUUUUCACCUCAGCGGGACAGUCCGGGAAUUGGCCACGUCCUCCGAAACAGAGCUGCUGUGUAACGUGAGCGUCAGCUUCGACCGCUGCAAAAUAACCUCAGUAACAUGCAGCUGUGGCAACAAAGACAUUUUCUACUGCGCCCAUGUGGUGGCGCUCUCACUGUACCGGGUACGGAAGCCCGAGCAGGUCAAACUAAGGCUGCCCAUCUCAGAGACUUUAUUCCAAAUGAACAGAGAUCAGCUGCAGAAGUUUGUCCAGUACCUGAUCACAGUGCAUCACACCGACGUGCUGCAGACGGCACAGAAGUUGGCCGAUGAAAUAUUGUCGCAGAACUCCGAGAUCAACCAGGUGCACGGAGCUCCAGAUCCGACGGCAGGGGCGAGCGUUGACGACGAGAACUGUUGGCAUUUGGAUGAAGAACAAGUCCAGGAACAGGUCAAGCUCUUUCUCUCCCAGGGCGGGUACCAUGGCUCAGGAAAGCAGCUCAACUUGCUGUUCAGCAAGGUGAGAGAGAUGCUGAUGAUGAGAGACUCCAACGGAGCUCGUAUGUUGACGCUGAUCACAGAGCAGUUCAUGGGUGACCCCAGACUGGCGCUAUGGAGGCAACAGGGGACCACCAUGACUGACAAGUACAGGCAGCUAUGGGACGAACUAGGGGCCCUUUGGAUGUGCAUCGUGCUGAACCCUCACUGCAAACCCGAGCAGAAGGCUGCGUGGCUCCAGCAGCUCCGCAGGUGGAACGGUGUGGACGUGUGUCCCUUGGAGGAUGGUAACCAUGGCAGCGAGCUUAUCAAUCUGACCAAUGCUCUGCCACAGGGCCCUCCUGGCAACCCAGACUCGCUGACUCGACCUCACCGGACAGUCUUCACACGAGCUAUCGAGGCCUGCGACCUGCACUGGCAGGACCCCCACCUGCAGCACAUCAUCACAGAGGACCACUAUAACAACUACUGUUACCACGACAACCUCGACGGCUCCCUCUUCGACUCCAGAGGGUGGCCCCUGUGGCACGAGCACGUCCCUACGGCGUGCGCCAGAGUGGACGCCCUAAGGUCACACGGUUACCCCAAAGAAGCUCUCAGGCUGGCCAUCGCCAUCGUCAACACGCUGCGGAGGCAACAGCAGAAGCAGCUGGAGCUUUUCCGUGGCCAUAAAAAAGAGCUGCUCCAUAGAGGCGUAACAUCCGUCACCAACCUGGAGGGCUGGGUGGGCCACCCUCUGGACCCCAUCGGGACUCUGUACAGCACCUUAAUGGAGAACGGACGGGGAAGCGAUGGCAGAGUGACGCUCGACUUCUCAGGCUCGUGUAGAAGGACGGAGAAUCCCGUUUACACGCCUUUCCUGGAGGAAGGAGAAACGUUUGUGUUGCUGGCCGUAGAGACGGCGCUGAUCGGUUUAGGGCAGCAGAGGGUGAUGCCGGACGGCCUCUACGCCCAGGAGAAGGUGUGUCGCAACGAAGAGCAGCUGCUGGCCAAGCUUCAGGAAGUCGAACUGGACGACACGCUGGUGAAGAUCCUGCGGAAGCAGGCCACGUUACUGCUGGAGGCUGGUCCUUACAGCGGUCUGGGGGAAGUGGUUUACAGAGAAAGCGUCCCCAUGCACACUUUUGCCAAGUAUCUUUUCACCUCCCUGCUACCUCACGACGCCGAGCUGGCGUACCAAAUUGCACUGAGGGCCAUGAGGUUGCCGGUCCUGGAGUCCACGGCCCCCUCUGCCGACCUGUCUCGUCCUCAACACAUAGUGUCUGUGGUGCCCAAUCGCUACCCUCGCUGGUUCACCCUCAGCCACAUAGAGAGCCAGCAGUGCGAGCUGGCCUCCACCAUGCUCACUGCUGCUAAAGGUGAUGCCUGCAAGCUCCACACAGUGUUAGAAUCCAUCCAGAAGAACAUCCACUCCUCCUCUCACAUCUUCAAACUGGCCCAGGAUGCCUUUAAGAUCGCCACUCUGAUGGACAGCCUGCCGGACCUCACGCUGCUCAAAGUCUCCCUGGAGCUGGGCCUCCAGGUGAUGAGACUGACCCUGUCCACGCUGAACUGGCGGAGGAGAGAGAUGGUGCGCUGGCUCGUCACAUGUGCUACUGAAGUCGGUGUGUUUGCUCUAGACAACAUCAUGCAGAACUGGUUCACGCUCUUCACCCCGACGGAAGCGACCAGCGUGGUGGCCAGCACCAUUAUGUCCAAUAGCACCAUUGUCCGCCUUCAUCUGGACUGCAAUCAGCAGGAAAAGCUCGCUAACUCCGCCCGGACCCUGGCCUUGCAGUGUGCCAUGAAGGACCCCCAAAACUGUGCGCUCUCUGCCCUGACGCUAUGCGAGAAGGACCACAUCGCUUUCGAGACGGCCUACCAGAUCGUACUGGACGCGGCCUCUACAGGAAUGAACUACACUCAGCUGUUUACAAUAGCACGCUACAUGGAGCACCGCGGCUAUCCCAUGAGGGCGUACAAACUAGCGACGUUAGCCAUGACGCACCUUAACCUCAGCUACAACCAAGACACACACCCGGCCAUCAACGACGUGCUCUGGGCCUGCGCCCUCAGCCACUCGCUGGGAAAGAACGAGCUGGCUGCCGUCAUCCCCCUGGUGGUGAAAAGUGUGAAGUGCGCCACGGUACUGUCGGACAUCUUACGGCGGUGCACGCUGACCACGCCGGGCAUGGUGGCGCUUCACAGUCGCAGGAACUCGGGGAAGAUGAUGUCGCUGGACAAGGCUCCACUCAGGCAGCUGCUGGACGCCACCAUCGGGGCCUACAUCAACACCACGCACUCUCGGCUGACGCACAUCAGCCCACGCCACUACAGCGAGUUCAUCGAGUUCCUCAGCAAGGCCAGGGAGACGUUCCUGAUGGCGCUGGAUGGACACAUCCAAUUCACGCAGUUUAUAGACAACUUGAAGCAAAUCUAUAAGGGCAAGAAGAAGCUCAUGAUGUUAGUUCGAGAGAGAUUCGGUUGAGCGGCUGUAUUUCUGCUCGUUUUCCGACUGGGGAAAGACAUUUCGCCUACUGAAGGCCCUAACAUGAGGAAUAAGUCUCUGAGACUGCUUAAAAUGUGCUGAGGCACGAGCAGAGGGAUGUUAGCGUCGGACAGACCAAAAGCAAUGAAGUAUGGAGGGAAUUUUGAUCCAAUAUGUUUGCAAGCAAAGAGCACGUUUUGUAAAUGGGAAUUUAAAAAACACAUUUUGUAAAGUAAUAUUUAAACAAAAUGCAUUCCAGAAAUGAAACUUUGGAAAACAAAGGUUUUGAGAGUAACAUUGCUGU